AUCUGUAUAAAUACCGACACGAUUCGGAGUUGAUUCACAAUUUGAAAUCCAAAACUUCAGCAGUAACGCUUAUUACAAGAUGAGAUCUUUGGCUGCCUCAGUCCUCAUUGCCGCCGCCUGCUUCUCGAUUUUUCCUGAAGCCCAGACAACUGAUUACUGCACCAUCAGCACAUGCCCCGUGCCAACGGAUAACACGCUCUGCAAAUACUCGACCACUACUUGGGGAGCAGCUUGCCAACCGGCCUACCCAACUAGUUCGAUCGUGACCGAUGCCGACAUCGUGACCAUUUUGAAUGUGCACAACGAUUACCGACGUAAAGUUGCGCAGGGCCUUGAGACUCAAGGAAGUCCAGGGCCUCAACCCCCUGCGUCCAACAUGAGAGAAUUGAAAUGGGACCAAGAGCUCUCCGACAUGGCAGCAGCCCACGCCCAACAGUGUGUGUUCCAACACGACAGUUGCAGAAACGUUCCUCGUUUUCAAGUGGGUCAGAAUUUGUACAUUUUCAAGUCUCAAUCCGACACCGCUGGCACUUCAGACUGGAAUGGAGCCAUAACCGCUUGGUACAACGAAGUUCAAUACAUGAACACCACUUAUGUCCAAUCCCUCCCAUCAAGCCCACCAAAUGUAAUUGGACACUACACGCAAUCAGUAUGGGCGGAUACGUAUCUUGUUGGCUGUGCAGUUGCUUACUUCAAAACUACGACGAGCAUUUCGUUUCCCUAUAAUAGAAUGUACGUUUGCAAUUACGGUCCAACUGGCAAUUAUCGCGGCUAUGCUGUUUAUAAGCAAGGAACAGCCGGUUCUGCCUGUCCCGCAGGUACUGUGAACAGCAACGGCUUGUGUAACUUGGAAACAAGCAAUCGUUGUGGUGAUUUGGGCUCAAUUUGUUUUUGAGCUUAAUGAUCUGUCGUGGACAUUAAUCCCCCUGAUUUUUUGGCGCCUAUAAAAUCCUAGUGCAGUAGUUUGAAAAUACAUUUAAUCAGUCAGCA